UUCCAAUCCUCCAUUUCUUGAAUUUAAGUUCGAUUACUUUUCCCAACAUAAUUUUCGCUCAAAUUAAUACAGCCUGUUGCUCUCAAUUUGAAAUUUUCUUGGUAAUUAUCGAAAUCGAAUUGUACGGUUACGUGUCACCUACGAAUCCAUCGGAUCAAUCGAUUUCUCUUCGGACAGCAGGCCCAACCAGUGCUUCAUUCGGUUGAUGAUCUUUUUAUUGGCAUGCAUGCCUAAGAUAUGGUGUUGAAGAAAAGAAAUUAUGGAGGAUUUCAUGGUUUCCUAGCUCCUGUGGUACCUAAAGCUCCUAGAUCCCUGAGGAGGAGGAGUUUGCAUAGCAAAUCAUCAGAACGUGAUGAAAUUUGCGCAUUUGAGUUGUUGGCCGAGGUAGCUGACAAGUUAUUGCAGGAGAGUGAAAGUUCUACUUCUAGCACUGGUUCAGAAGGAAAAGAACAGAUUAGCAUUCCUAAAGAAGGCAUCAAGCAUGAACCACUUGAAGUCAACCUCAAACCUGUAAGAUCAGAGCUCCAUGAUCAGGGAAGCUGUGCCGAGAGUGAGCUUGUUGCUCCACCUACUACUCUAGAGCUAAAGCAAGAACCUCAUUCGCAGGAAUUGCCACAGUCCGAGAAUGAUUCUGGUUUGGAACGUGCUUCUAUUGUUACCGCUUCUGAUUUCGUAACAAAAGUCGGUACUAAUGUGAGAAGGGAAGCCUCUGAAGACAAGAAUGGAGUUAGUGACAUUCCUGGUAAGCCGGAGAGAGGCUCUCCUAGUCACGGGGAUUUAUGUGAUGUUAGCUUGGGUGAUAAUAGAGCUGAAAUAAAGACAGAGGCCAUAGAGAAACAAAGUGGAUGCUUGACUGCAGUUAAGACCUACAGCUUGAAGAAGCAAGUGGAAUCAUAUGUGAAUACUCGUGUGCCAAAAAAACCAACUAGUAGUGUACAGCUAUCCUUUUAUAGGGAUCCUGCUCCCAGUGCUUGUUUUCCAAGGCAUAGGGGCAAUGUGAAGAUAGAUAUUAGAGAUGAUGAUGAAAAAUAUUUUAGGUACAAUCACCAUAGCACCAGUCGGAGGGCAUUUGGGUCGCGAUCACGUGCUGGAUACAGAAGAAUAAGGAAGAUGCUGACUUCUAGAUACCGAAAAGUAGCUCCACAACUGAAAGGUUAUGAACUCUCAAACACUACUAGUGGUGGAGUUAGGUCCUUUUACCAUAAAAGGAAAAAUAUAUACAUGAGAGAACGGUGUCAAGCAGAGGCUGCAUCUAAGAAGAGGAAGCUGUUUCAUCAUAGCUCAAAAGCUGCAUACAUUCAGGAGGCAAGUACUGAAAGCAUAUCUAAUUCCCCUGAGAAGAGUGCCGGUGGAGAUAAGAGGCGACCUCAUGCUGCAUUGAACAGAGCAGGAGUGACAUCUUCAUUUAUCAGCCGAAAAGGUCCCUUUUCAUCUAAGGAUAGUCAUGGUAUACUCCCUCUCUCUCAUGUUAUGUUAAGUUCUUGUUUAACAAAUCUCUCAUGCAUGUUUUUUCUUCAUUCAGUGAAAUUUAGCAUCAAGUCCUUUAAAGUUCCAGAACUGUAUGUUGAGGUGCCUGAGACUGCAACUGUAGGUUCACUGAAGAGGACUGUCAUGGAGGCUGUCAAAGCUAUUCUACAAAGUAAAUUACAUGUAGGGGUACUUCUUGAAGGGAAGAAGGUUAGAGAUGACAAUAUAACACUCCAACAGACUGGGAUUUCCCAGAAUUGCAACCUUGAAACUUUAGGAUUUACAUUGGAGCCUAGUGUACCCGAAGCUUCUCCAUCUCUGGUUCAGAAAGAAACUCCGUUGUUGCUACCAGGCACUCAUCAACCACUAUCCAGGUCCCCUUCUAGCCCUAUUAUCGACGUAGGCUUCUCAAAUUCUCCCCUGGAUCCUCCUCCAAUAACUAGUUUGGACGAGAAGAAUCAAGAAAGUAUAACCUUCCCAGGUGAAGUAUCUACAGAAGAACGAGUGGCAGAUUCCAAAGCGCUUGUGCUUGUUCCAGCAGUGGACGCUGAGGUACUCUCAAUGGUCCCCUUGAGAGAAAAACCAACCAAGAGAUAUGAACUUUCACAACGCAGAACUAGGAGACCCUUCUCUGUAUCAGAAGUAGAAGCACUUGUGGAAGCGGUUGAAACCCUUGGAGCUGGAAGAUGGCGUGACGUUAAAAUGCGUGCUUUUGAUGAUGCAAACCAUCGAACUUAUGUGGACUUGAAGGAUAAAUGGAAAACAUUGGUUCACACGGCGAGCAUCGCCCCUCAGCAAAGAAGGGGAGAGCCUGUGCCCCAAGAUCUUCUGGACCGAGUCCUGGCUGCACAUGCGUACUGGUCGCAGCAUCAAUCUAAGCAACAACAGGGGAAGCAUCAGAAGAGCUUGAUGUAAAGAAAGUUUAAUUAGGAAGAAAAUGUAGGUAAAAAAAAAAAAUUGUUGAUGUAAUAUGUAUUUAGUAAUCUUGAUUCAUUUGGCUCUCUUCUCUUUUUUUCAGGAAGGUGUAAAUUAUUUGGGAUUUGUAAUAAUAAUCAUAAUAAUAAUGGCAUUCUAAC